UUGGUUUAAGGAAUUUGUACUCAGUUUAAUAAUAAAUUCUCAUCUUUAAUAAUAUAAGGGAGGGAAGUUAACAAUGUUUAAUAAUACAAAGAACGUUCUUAUUUCUGCAAGUCGGAUUGGCACAAUUAAUCCUUUGUGCUAUAGAAGAGAUACUAAUGACGUUUUAAGUCUUUGUGCGAUAAAGACGUUGCAUACCACUGCUGCACGUCCGAAUAAGACUCGAGUUGCUGUGUUACCCUUGCCUAAUAACAUCGAUCCAGCUGAGACUACACGCUUUUCACCAAAUCGUACAAGAGAUAUAACUGGUCCUGUGAUACUAUCACAACAAGCCCAAUCUGUUUUGUCCAAUAUAGACAUAACUGCUGAUAACACAAACAUAGCAAGAACCGCUCCAAAUACUGACUAUGGCGUACAAGAUCCUCAUGUUCAAUCAUAUGAUUGCUUUGGGGCAGUUAGCCUUAAUGCAGUAAUGCAAAGCAGCGUGCCAAAUCCAUAUGGAGGAAUGCAUAAAUUCUCGCAUUUGAAUAUGCCCGGCGGUCAGUGGUCGCAAGAGGGUAAAUUUAUGUCGAACAACUUACAUAAUUCCCAUUACACAAACUUGCGUAAGGAUGUGCGUUCAGACUGGAUGACUUAUGAUCAGGAUUUUGACAUCAAUGAAAAAGCAACAGCAACAGCAACAGCUAAAUUGCCAACGAACACACUUUCAAUUCUUAAAUGCAUGCCAAGCCAGAUAGACAAACGUUAUUAUAGUACAACAACUGAUGGAGAUAAACCACCGGCAGUGCUGAGCAAAAAGGAACAACUUAAAAAGGCAUUUAAAGACUAUGGAUCCACUGUUAUAGUAUUUCAUGUAGCUAUAUCACUGGCAUCGCUUGGCUGCUGUUAUUUACUAGUCUCUGGAGGAAUAGAUGUUGUGCCAAUAUUGGAGCGGGUGGGGUUUGCAUCGUCGGCGCUAACGAAUAAAAUAACAACAGGUGCAAGCACUUUUGUUAUUGCAUAUGCUAUACACAAAGUAUUCGCUCCCGUGCGCAUAAGCAUUACAUUGGGUGCCACUCCAUUUAUUGUACGAUUCAUGCGUUCAAAGGGUUAUAUGAAGCCACCAAAAAUUUAAAAUACAAACGAAAAUAUUAUUUUAGUACUAACACAGUAAUAUCCAUAAUAACACAUAAUAUUAUGGUCAAAGCAAAAAAUUUAUAUAUGUAGAUAUAUGUACAUGUAUACAUACAUAAUACAUUUAUACUUUUUAUUCGUUUUGUUGACAAUAUUAUACGCAAACAUAUCAUUUUAAAUAAAUCAAAUUGACGAAAUAAAAAAUUACCUUAUUUUUAUAAACUGUUAAA